AGAAAAGUGAAAGUCCCAUGGAACCAAGAAGUAGGUAUUCCCAUAUUUAUAAAAAUUCCAUUGAACGAAGUAGAUACUUCCCUCGUUUCAAGCCUGUAUGUCGUCUGUCAGAUCCAGCAAACCCACACAAACUUUGCCGGCGAUCUAAUCCUCCACUUUCCGUCUGCUUCGCCUGCAAAGGUCAGCAUCUGAAUAGACUCAAGUACUAUUACUACUGUGCUAUUUGUGAUUUGGAGUUUCACAGAGGUUGUCACUUGUCUCCUCCGGAAAUCAAACACCCUUUUCACCUCCUUCACCCUCUCAACAUCAAGAUCCCAGAUCCUGAUUAUGAUGUCUCUAGUAUCCCUAAUGAUUGGAAUUCAGAUUCCUCUGAUUCAGACUAUUUUGAAGUCGGUGGAUCUGAAGAUGAUGAAGACCCUGUAUCAGAUGGAAACCAUGUAAAAUGCAACUCUUGUCGGAAAAAUCUCUACGGCGAAUACUAUCAUUGUUCUGUCUGCAAUUUCAGCCUACACUUUAUUUGCGCAUUGAAUCCACCACCUCUCACUAUUGAAAACCUUAAAACACAUGAUCAUACUCUUACCCUCUUUCCUAGACGAGUGCCUUUGCCAUGCGAUGCUUGUGGCUUCUCUCUUGAAGCUAGUUUUGAUCCUGUUUACUCUUGUCUACUUUGUAACUACAUGGUCCAUAAAAAAUGUACCAACUUACCUCGUGUCAUUAAGAUCACUCGUCAUCCACAUCGUCUCUCUCACACUUCCUCCCUUGUUCCUUCCUCCUCUGGUGAGUUAUUCACUUGUGGAGUUUGUCGUAAACCCGUUGACAUCAAUUACGGCCAAUUCUCUUGCAACAAAGGAUGCCACUAUGCUGUCCAUUCGAAAUGUGCAACAAAGUUCCAAGUGUGGGAUGGGAUAGAUCUUGAAGGAGUGCCUGAAGAAGAGGAAGAAGUUCUUGAGCCAUUUUUGAGGAUCGAUGAAGAGACUAUACAACAUUUCACUCAUGACCAUCACCACCUGAAGAUUCAGGGGAAUGACAACCCCAGCAACCAUGAAAACAAGUUUUGCCAAGCCUGCAUCCUUCCGAUGACAGUUUCAGAUCGCUUCUAUAGCUGCAUCGAUUGCGAUUAUGUUCUCCACGAAACAUGCGCAUCCCUUCCUCGCAAACAAUGCCAUCCCCUACACAGACACUCGCUCAACCUCUUCCAUCUUGACAAUCCUCGUCAAGAGCUUGACGAGGCUGAGGAAGAAUAUUCUUACUCAGGUUUCUUCAAGUGCAAUGGUUGUAGCCGACUUUGUUGUGGUUUCAUGUACAAGUGCACCGAAAAAGAUUGUAAAUUUCAACUGGAUGCAAGGUGUGCUUCGCUUCCUGAUCCUGUAAUCCAUGAUUGCCAUCCACAUGAUCACCCUUUCUUCUUCACUUUGAACCGAGGUGAAUGCAUUGGUUGCAAGUCUAAUCGCGGCCACUCUAGUAAGUAUUUGGAAUGUAUUGAAUGCAAUUCCUUUUUGUGUCUUUAUUGUGCUACUUUGCCUACCGUGGCUCACUACAAGCACGACAAACAUCCACUCACUCUUUGCUGCGGAGAAGAAAAGACAAAAGAUCUCCCGUAUUGGUGCGAGUUUUGUGAAUCAAAAUUAGAUGCAACAAAGUGGUUUUACACGUGCAACUCUUGUAGUGUCACUCUUCAUGUUACAUGUUUAUUGGGAAAGAAGGCCCUCUACAUGAAACCAAAUCAUCUGAUCAGGUAUCAUAGAGAUGCUUUUAUUAAACGCAACAGUGGUAACUCGAGACCAGUGUGUGAUAGAUGUAAACGUCGUUGCAUAGACACCGUGGUAUUCAGGUGGCUUGACAAAAAAUAUUGUAUGGAUUGUUUCUCCAACCCAUCGAUUAUCCUGAGCAGUAGUGACGAAGAUUUGAGCAGUGACGAAGAUUAAGGAUCAAGACCUGCCACAUGAGUUCUUUGGGUGUGUAUAAUUUUUUUAAUAAU